AUGCUCGGGUCGAGCUGCAUGCAGGAGCGCCGCCAGAGCAGGACGAAGCACAUCUUCGUCGGCGACUCCCAGAUGAUGGCGCUCCGCAACGCGCUCCACCGCCUCAACGGCUGCCCUGAGAUCUGGUGGCACAACAGGACCAGGGACUUCCAGGAGGUGCUUGCGUCGAUCAAGGCUGGCAUGCGCGUUAAGACCAGCAGUGGACGCUUCCACUCGCGCACCGAUCAGUCACCAGAUGGCGCCUUGCCCACAGGGUGCAAGGAGGAUGGCAUCGCGUCUUUCAUCUUCUGGGAUGCCUGGCUCGAUAGGGAGAUCCCUCUUCAAGAGAUUCAGAGGGAGAUUGCUCUGCUCGGAGUCGAGCCAACCAAGGGUGACACUGUAGUGGUGUGGGUCGGUUCAAAUUCAAUCUCAGGAUCUGGCAGAACGAGUGUUCUGCUCAACACAAUUGACAAGCUCCAUGCCUUGGGGGUAAAGAUGGUGUGGGACUCGCCAACCUACAUUGACGAUGCCAUGAUGGCCGCGACAACGGCCAAGGACUUGGGUACCGACUCGCGUACUGGCAUCCCCCUCACCUACACCGCAAUCGCUCAGAGGAAGGCCCGCGGUGAAAUCGGCUCGAAUCAGUACAAGAGUGAGAAGGCGUUCUUGGCAGGCAUCGUCGAGAUCCCGAUGACGAAGCGCUGGCAGCUGACGAACCGGUACCGGGGGCUCCAGUGCGAUGGCAUCCACAGCGACAUGCGCGCUAGGGACCCGAUGUACUACGAUCUUCCCUGCCCGAAGGGCCCAGAGACCUACGGCAGGUCCUCGCACUGCAACUGGGUGGAGCCCUUCGACGACGGGGCGCGGGCGAAGUGCCCGCAGGCCGUCGGGCUGGACGACCUGGUGCUCCAGAGCGGCCUCUUCGCCAUGUGUGCGGCCCACGAGAGCCCGUUCUGCUACGCGCACACCGAGAACAUCCGCUGA